AUGGGGGGUUUAGGUGUAAUCGACCUUUCUCUCUUCGACAAAUGUCUGUUAUUAAAGAGAUGGUGGAGGUAUUUCAGCGAACAAAACAAGGAAUGGAGGAAGCUCAUUUAUAGCCUGCACUACAACAAGGAGUGCCCUUCUCAACAGGCCCCCUUAAGCCUCAAAAAUGCCUCCCAUGCAUGGAAGGCCGUCAUAAAAAACCAUCCACUUUUCAAUAAAACCAUAAAGUUCAAGUUUGGCAAUGGAAGGGAAAUGGCAUUUUGGCACGACCUGCGGUUAGGGGAAGAACCUCUUAAAAAUUCUUUUCCAAAUAUUUACCUGCUUACUUUCGAGAUUAGAGGGCUACUUGGUGACUAUGAUGCUAUUCAUGUGCGCCGAGGGGAUAAGAUAAAGACCAGGAAAGAUAGACAUGGAGUGGAGCGAAGCCUUCAUCCACAUCUUGAUAGAGAUACUCGCCCUGAAUUUAUCCAGCAGAGAAUUGCAAAAUGGAUUCCACCAGGACGCACUCUUUUCAUUGCUUCAAAUGAGAGAUCAUCUGGUUUCUUUUCACCUCUCUCUGCGAGAUAUAAGUUGGCAUACUCAUCAAACUUCAGUAGCAUUUUGGACCCGGUAAUCCAGAACAAUUAUCAAUUGUUCAUGGUAGAGAGAUUGAUUUUGGUAGGUGCAAAAACCUUUAUCAAGACAUUUAAAGAAGAUGAGAAUGAUAUCAGCCUCACAGAUGACCCCAAGAAGAAUACCAAGAGCUGGCAAAUUCCUGUUUAUACCAUCGAUGGCUGGGGAAGUUAAAUAAAGUGCACCCAAGGUAGCUUGUAUGUCAUCAUGGUUUUGAAGAUAUAUGUUCAACUAUUGUUCUACCAUGGAAGAGCAAAAACGGCAUUACAGAAUCUGAAUCUCCUCUUGAAGUUUAAAUUUGUCAAAGGUUUUCACUAACUCAGUUUAAAAUCGUACUUCAAAUUGCAAAUCAGUGGAAGGUGCACAUGCUUGAGCCUGUUUGGAAGAAGAUGAGAAUGUUGUGAUUGAAUUAUAGCAUGGAAGAAUAUGCGAUGUAAAAAUGUUUUUGUAAUGUUGUUGUUGUAAUGUAUAGGAAAUGAUCACAGUAGUAUGCUUUGAGUUUUUAGAAUUUCAGGUCGUCCCGUUUUGCUGA